AUGCCGAGCCGGGGCUUCCUCUCGCUGGCAAAGUACCUUGCAGCCUGUCUACGUCUCGAUCCCCGCCACACACCACACUACCUGCCCACCUUGAGGUCGCAUGAGGUAGCUCUUGCCCGUACGUACGUCCCUGUCCUUAACGCAUUGAAGCUGCGUAAUUGUUUACCAUCCUCUUUUUCAGACACUUUUCACGUCGUCGUCUUUUCCUGGAGUCUACAGUCUUCUUAUCUGUUUACACAUGCAUUUAGAUACCCCAAGCUCUGCUUGCGUUCUCCUCCACGUCGCUGUUUCUGCCACUCUCCCCCGCAUGCAUACCGCACCGCACGAUUUAGGCGUGGCCUCCGUUUGAGGCCGGCACGACAAACACUCUCGGCCACAAAGCCAAACCAACCGGCCUCGACAAAAGAAGCCCCUUCGCUGUUCUGCCCCGCGUCUAACAAAACCUACCCUGCCGUUCGCGAUCGAGCGAUCCUCCGCCGAACAUACAUCGAGUUGCGCAUCUCCAAUACGGACAUAGAUAUUCUCGCCGACGGCUGCGAUACGAAACUCUACAUAUUCGUAGACGACCACCAACCUGUGACUCGAGGUCCCGAACGGGAAGCUGAUGACGAUUCGGGAGUCGUAUGCGAGGCAUUAAUCGACCAGUCUACCCACACUGAAGCGUCCAGUCAAAAGUUUAGCGCGAGCUUCGAUUCAUCAUUGAGCAUACCAUAUCGAAAGAGGCAGUAA